AAACCUUCUGGUUCUUGUGCAGGUUUAUUGACUGGUGUAGUGGUGGACUCUGGAGAUGGUGUAACCCAUAUUUGCCCAGUGUAUGAAGGCUUUUCUCUCCCUCACCUUACAAGAAGGCUGGAUAUUGCUGGGAGGGAUAUUACUAGGUAUCUUAUCAAGCUGCUGCUGUUGCGAGGAUAUGCCUUCAACCAUUCUGCUGAUUUUGAGACAGUUCGCAUGAUUAAAGAAAAACUGUGUUAUGUGGGUUACAAUAUUGAGCAAGAGCAGAAGCUGGCCUUAGAGACCACAGUGUUAGUAGAGUCCUAUACAGUAAGUAUCCUGUGUGAAGUACAUCUGUGGGCUGAAAAGGGGUAUCUCUGUUUAUUAGCAUCACUUAGAGGUUGGGUUUGUUUGGUUUUUGUUUUGUUGUGUUUGCUGGACAUCAAACCAAGGGCCUUGUAUGUACCCAGCAGAUUAGUUUCUGCCUUCUGUGUUUGUGGUUUGGAUUUGUUCACUGUUCUGGUGUGCAGUGAUAGCUCAUGCCACUUAAUUGACACUCCUGUGCUGAUGGGGGAUGUUGAGCUUUUUCCUCCCUCCAUAUGUCUUCUGGGUAUAUCUUAUUUUUGCUGUAUCAUUUGCGACAGUCUUAUCUGGCAGAAAUUUGAGCUUCUGAUCUCCUUUCCCCACCUCAUAGUGUACCCUGUUGAUGCGGGGCUGAGGGUGGAAUACAGGCUUUGUGCUCUGCUGAGCUGCAUCCCUACCCCAACAGUUUCAAACAAAUUAAUAAACUGUAAAUACCCACUGUGUCUUCCUAGAUCUGAAUUUUACAAGCACAUUGUGCUUUCUGGAGGCUCAACCAUGUACCCUGGACUGCCAUCGAGGUUGGAACGAGAGCUUAAACAGCUUUACUUAGAACGAGUUCUAAAAGGAGAUGUGGAAAAACUUUCUAAAUUUAAGAUACGAAUUGAAGAUCCACCCCGCAGAAAGCACAUGGUGUUCCUGGGUGGCGCAGUCCUGGCCGACAUCAUGAAGGACAAAGACAACUUCUGGAUGACUCGACAAGAGUACCAAGAAAAGGGUGUGCGUGUGCUGGAGAAGCUCGGUGUUACAGUUCGAUAAAUGCCAGGCUUGUUCCCAUCCUGCCUCUAAUGCAUUCUUUUUCUGGUUUUGUUUUGUUUUUUCUUUCUUUUUUUUUUUAAUUUUUUUUCUUUAUUGCCAGUCUUUGAACUCAUUCAACUCCAGGACUGAAAGAGGCCUCUCUGUCCCCUUUGACUAGAAAGGUCAAGUUUAUUCUUUGUCUUGGAGAAGCAUUGUUAAUGUGGAUAAAUCUGGU